CUGAGGGAGCCUGUGUGCUUAGGCGGUUGUGACCACGUCUUUUGCAAUGAUUGUGUAAGUGACUGCAUUGGAACUGGAUGUCCAGUGUGUCAUACCCCAGCCUGGAUACAAGACUUGAGGAUAAAUAGACAAUUGGACAGCCUGAUCCAACUUUGUGAUAAACUUCGAAAUUUGCUACAUGACCAUCAGCUUUCAGAUUUGAAAGAAGAUACACCAAGAACACGUUUAUUUAAUAAUGCAACCAAUAAGAAGAAUUCAAUAAAAAUGUGGUUUAGUCCUCGAAGGAAGAAGUUCAGAUAUAUCGUGAGUAAAGUUUCAGUGCAAACCCGACCUCAAAUAAUAAAAGAUGUGAAGGCUCAGCAGGCCUCAACAUAUGAAUUUGUUUCCUCAAGUCCUUUAGUAGACGUGACUGAGAGGCCUAGAAAAGCUUCUACAAGAUCUGGAAAAGAGCAAAAAAAGAAAUCUCUCGCUUCCGCAAAAUUUGGAAAAAAGCAAAACAAGACAACUUUAGCUGAAAUUAACCAGAAAUGGAAUUCAGAAGUAGAAGAUGGUGAACUUAACUCCAAAGAGGAAUCUAAGGAAACGCUAGUAUCCUUCUGUAGCCAACCAUCUGUUAUCAUCAGUCCUCAGAAAAAUGGUGAGAUAGACUUGCUAGCAAGUGGCUCCGUGAAGGAAUCUGAAAGUUAUGGAAGUUUAACUGAAAUCUCUUUACCAUUGGCUGAGCUGAUAGAGUCUCCAGACACUGACAGCAGGAAUGAAGUAGUGACCCCUGAGGAGGACCGCAAAAGUGAUCUUGUAGCUGAGGAGUCUUUGUCAUUAGGACAUAGUGGGAAAUGGCGUUGCAACGGACUUUCCAGUCCCAUUGCUAAGAAGCGUAGGAACAGCACCCGUGGAGAUUUGGUUAAGCAAGCAGUGCUCGCAGAAAACACACCAUUCCCUAGCUGUUCUUCACCCGCUGCAAGCAAACUUACAAUUUGCAACACAUUAAAGAGGACAAGCAGUAAAAUCUCAGAUGAAGUUAUUAGCCUUUCACCAGGUACACCACCUUCUGCACUGAAUAGUUCAAGUCACAGAUGGAUGACGUCUAGCUCUUCGGCAACAAAGCCGUCGCCCGGUAAACGUAUGGCUGUGAAAAGGAAUCAUAGAGGAGAGACUUUGCUCCAUAUUGCUUCCAUUAAGGGUGACAUACCUUCUGUGAAAUACCUCUUACAAAAUGGAAGUGACCCAAAUGUUAAGGAUCAUGCUGGAUGGACACCAUUGCAUGAAGCCUGCAAUCAUGGGCACCUGAAGAUAGUGGAAUUAUUGCUCCAGCAUAAGGCGUUGGUGAAUAGCACUGGGUACCAAAAUGACUCACCACUUCACGAUGCAGCCAGGAAUGGGCACGUGGAUAUAGUCAAGCUGCUACUUUCCUAUGGAGCCUCCAGGAAUGCUGUUAACAUAUUUGGUCUACGGCCUGCGGAUUGUACAAACAGUGAACAUAUGAAAUCACUAUUGCAGCUACCAGAGGAGAAUGAAUCAUCCUCAACUAGCCCUUGCUUGGUAAUGAACACUGGACAACGUAGGGAUGGACCUCUUGUUCUUAUAGGCAGUGGGCUUUCUUCGGAACAACAGAAGAUGCUCAGUGAGCUUGCAUCAAUUCUUAAAGCUAAAAAAUGUGCUGAAUUUGAUAGUACAGUAACUCAUGUUAUUGUUCCUGGUGAUAAAGUUCAAAGUACUGUGAAGUGUAUGCUUGGGAUACUCAAUGGAUGCUGGAUCCUGACAUUUGAAUGGGUGAAAGCAUGUCUACAAAGCAAAGUGUGUGUACAAGAAGAAACGUAUGAAAUUCCUGAAGGUCCACAGAGAAGCAGACUCAACAGAGAACAGCUGUUGCCAAAGCUGUUUGAUGGAUGCUACUUCUAUUUGGGGGGAACCUUCAGGCACCAUCCAAAGGACAACCUUAUUAAGCUUAUCACUGCAGCUGGCGGCCAAAUCCUCAAUAGAAAACCCAAGCCAGACAGUGACGUGACUCAGGCCAUCAAUACAAUCGCCUACCACGCCAAGCCCGAUUCUGAUCAGCGCUUCUGCACACAGUAUAUCAUCUAUGAGGAUUUGUCUAAUUACCGCCCAGAGAAGAUUCGGCAGGGCAAAGUCUGGAUGGCUUCUUCGAGCUGGUUUAUAGACUGUGUGAUGUCAUUUGAGUUGCUCCCACUUGACAGCUGAAUAUUGUACCAGAUGAACAUUUCACAUUGAACAAGUUCAUGGAGUUUGCGACAGCCCAGCCAAUUGCAUUGUUUUUGAUCACUCAGUUUUACAAAUAGGUGGAGUCAUUCA